UCUGAGGUAGUCGGGCUGUGCGCACGGCCUCUAGCGCAGACCCCGAGUUGCUUGUGGUUCGCGUCCUUGCCCUGUGCGGGGAUGCGGUCACGGGCAAUGGCGCUUGCCGUUCGAGUCGUGUAUUGUGGAGCCUGAGGCUAUAAGCCCAAGUAUCUCCAGCUCAAGGAGAAGCUAGAACAUGAGUUCCCCGGAUGCCUAGACAUCUAUGGCGAGGGGACUCCCCAGGUCACCGGGUUCUUUGAAGUGACAGUAGCUGGGAAGUUGGUUCACUCCAAGAAGAGAGGUGAUGGCUAUGUGGAUACGGAAAGCAAGUUCCGGAAGCUGGUGACUGCCAUCAAAGCUGCCCUGGCUCAGUGCCAGUGAGCCCUGGAGGUAGAGUCCUGAGACAUCCUGGCCUGCUUCUCUUGGAGGCCGCUUCAUGACAGGAAGGACUGAAAUGUCUCAAAGACCUGUGGUCUUUCCUUGAUGUUCCUGCGGCUACCAAGUCAGGCCAGAGAUUGCCUCUGUGUGUGUGUGUGUGCCUCCCCAGAAUCCUCCCUGUCACGUGCUCUGUUCUGCCCUCUUCCUCACCCCUCCCCGAAUUCCUCCACUUUCUGCCUUCUUGCCCUGGUUUCCCAUCUCCAGCUCAGACUACAAGAAGAUAUGCAGCCAUGUUGCCAGCGCUUUUCGGUUAAAUAAAAGUUGGAUGAGGCAACUUAA